UCUAGCCGUCACACCCGCUACAUGUACGAAAAUGAUAACUAAAUAUGCUGCUCCCGUGGUGAUGGCUAGCGUACGACGAUAGAACUUGCUUUUCUAUCCUUUUAUACUAUCCCAAUGCAUUGAUAAGGAGACUCCGUAAAUUUAUUUACAUAAACAUAACCCUGUCAUGUGUAUUUUUUCAAACUUUAAAAACAUAACUUGCCAUCGUUUUGCUAGAUUAUAUCGGUAUUAUUCGCACACAAUAUUUGCAUUAUCGUCAGGCCAAGGAAAAUGCGGGGUUGCAGUAAUACGAGUAUCCGGUCACCUCUCUGAGACAGCUUUGAAAGAACUUGCCUCUUUAAAAUCAUUACCACCACCAAGAACCACUCUACUGCGUAGUCUGCGACAUCCUAAGUCAAAAGAGAUUCUUGAUAGAGGUCUUGUUAUAUGGUUCCCAGGUCCAAGGAGCUUUACUGGGGAGGAUAGUUGUGAAUUUCAUGUCCAUGGGGGAUUAGCAGUUGUAAAUGGAAUGUUAGAUGCACUAAGCUGCAUACCAAGCUUUAGGUUGGCGGAACCAGGGGAGUUUACUAAAAGAGCAUUCCAAAAUGGAAAGUUGAAUCUUACUGAAGUUGAAGGAUUAGCAGAUUUGUUGCAAGCAGAAACCGAGGCCCAAAGAAAACAGGCUUUCUUACAAACCAAUGGAUCAUUAAGUAAACUGUAUCAAAAAUGGAAGGCUGUUUUGCUGAAAAAUGUAGCACAUAUUGAAGCCCAUAUAGAUUUUGAAGAAACUGAGACUCUAGAACAUGGAUUGAUAGAUAAAGUCACUUCUGAGGCUAAGUUGCUUAUUGAAGAAAUUGAGCAGCAUUUAAAUGAUGGACGGAAAGGAGAAAUUUUAAGAAAUGGUGUAAACACUGUAAUAAUCGGGGAACCAAAUGUGGGAAAGAGCAGUUUGCUGAAUUCAUUGGUUGAGAGACCCGCAUCUAUUGUCACCCCUAUUUCAGGAACCACUAGAGAUGUUGUAGCAGUUACUCUAAAUGUGAAAGGCUACCCUUUGGUUUUAUCAGAUACUGCUGGUAUAAGGACAAUCAGUGAUGAUAUAGUGGAGAAUGAAGGUAUUAAGAGGACUUUAAAAAGUUAUAAGGAAUCAGAUUUAGUUAUACUGGUGGUAGAUUUUGAAAAAUAUCACCAAUGGGCUAUAAUCAAUAACAACGCAAUAUUUAUGAAUUACUUGAUGUAUUAUGUAAGGAAAUUAAAUGUGGACGAUUUAACUAGUAACAGUGAUAAAAUAUCAGACAUGUUCACAAAACAUUGCAUAGUUGUGUUGAACAAGUGUGACUUGGAUGAAAACAAUAUUUGUGAUAACUUGCAAGAUGGCAUUGUCAAAGUUUCUUGCAUAAAUAAAAACGGCCUUAGUACUUUAGUUGACUGCCUAGCUGAUAAAUUAAAACUUUUGUGUGGCGACCCAUCUCAGGAACACCCCAGCAUGAACCAAAGGAGGCAUAGACAACAGGUAACUGAAUGUCUCAGAAAUUUGAAGUUAUUUUUACAAGAAAUGCAAUCUGAUACCCAUUCACACGACGUGGUCAUUAUGGCAGAAUAUUUAAGAAAAUCGCUAAGAAGUUUGGGCAAACUGGUGGGUACAGUGUCUUCAGAGGAGAUACUUGAUGUUGUUUUUUCACAGUUUUGUAUUGGUAAAUAAAACAUUUAAAAUUU